CAAAACAUCAAUAACUGUGAAGCUGCUACGGUUGGAGGAUUAACAGGAUUAAAAUGUGACUCGAAUUAAUUCCUCAAAGUCUUUUUUUUUUUUUUCAAGGAAUGAAAGCGAGCGUGCGCUACGUAAAACCUGAUUAGUGCUGUGAUCUACAGAAAAAAAGGUUCUGACCAAAGGACACAUUUCAAGGCAGCCACUCCCCCAUUGAAAGUCAAAGAACGUCAGUCUAACGUUCUUUCCUGUCUUAUGCUAAUCUGGUAAAAGCAGACUCACUGUUGUGAUGCCAGCUUCAUCAUAUCCUGUGAUGUGGCGCUCUUCGGAUCAUCUGAAAGGUCUCCCGCAACUGUCCAGUUUUGUUCGUCGGCCCACGAAGAGAUUCUGCCUGGAGACGAGAACACGUUAUAGUUUUCAGAGGAUUCCUGUGAUGCUAAAGUCGUCUAGUUAGAUCCACAAGGGUGUUUUCAGCCAUGCUACAGCAAUCAGAGCUCAUUUUUGACUUUGCCAGUGACCAUGUUAACCUGUCAGGGUUGGGGGUUCGCUCGGAUUUUCCUGCUGUGCUCGUGGAGCAGAUUCCACAUCCACACCUGUUCGCAUAUUCAGAGUUUUUAUGUGAGAAGCCACAGGUAGAAGACCACCAGUUGCCUAAAGUGGAGCCAUGUGAAAGCGGAGACGACGAGACCAUGGAAACGCUCGUUGCUGCAGACUCACUUCUUGACUUGGACUGUCCUGAUACCCUGUCACUGGAACACUACUCCCACACCUUUCUGCCGUCAUUGGGUGAUGUCAUCACGGCUCCUGUCACUCAGGUGACUGUGUCUGCAGAGGGCAUUGUGGGAGCUGUUGAAGAGCCACAAUGGCACACGGUGCACACAAAUGAGCCUGCGACACAGCUGCAGUCCAAACAAAGAAGUAGGAAACGACAUCAAAGGGCAGAGUCUCCUACUCCUGACAUAAAAGUGAAGCGGGAUAAAUACAAUAAAGGUGGAAACACUCUCUACUUGUGGCAGUUUCUGAUGGAGUUGUUGCAGGACAGACAAGUUUGCCCCCGCUACAUUAAAUGGACUAAUCCCAACGCUGGAAUUUUCAAACUGGUCAAUUCAAAGGCAGUGGCGAGACUCUGGGGAAAACACAAAAACAAACCAGAUAUGAAUUAUGAGACCAUGGGCAGAGCACUAAGGUAUUAUUACCAAAGAGGCAUCCUGAAUAAGGUUGAAGGCCAGCGCCUUGUCUAUCAAUUCUCCUCACUGCCCAAAGACAUGAUCUAUAUCACAGACGGCGAGGGCGUCCAACAGGAAGAAGAACACGAUGACACGAGUGCUAACGACGGAGUGAGUGAGGAUUCUGACGACAGCACCGUAUCUUCCAGUGACCAAUCAUUGGAGGAAGAAUAUUCCAUCCCACCAAAGAAGAUGUCAUUUUGCUCGGUCCAGCGGAUCAAGCCAACUCGUGACACUGUCCUUCGACCUUCAAGCUCCAGCCUCAUCCAGGAGCAGCAUUUGCCCAUUGUGUCUGCCGAGAUGUUGCGCACACUCCAGAACCUGCAGAAGGUCCAGUCCCUCCAGCCGGCAGGUCACGCCUCUGUCUUCAAAACAGCUCAGCUGCUGGGGAGUCUGUGUGAGCAACAGGCCUCUGCUGACAGUAGUGCUGCACUGGAUACAUGUGAUAGAAAGUCACAGUUGGGAACCAAAGCUUAG